AUGGGAUGUGGCAGCUCGACAACUACAGUAGAUUAUUCCUUAAAAAAAUCAGAAAGAGCCAUGAAAGCAGCCAUCCUCAUUCAGAGGUGGUAUCGUCGGUACACGGCACAUUUAGAGGUUCGUCGCAGAUGCACUUGGACAAUUUUCCAGUCAAUUGAAUAUUCCGGGGAACAGGACCAGAUUAAGCUGUACAACUUCUUUAGCUCCCUGAUGGAUCACUUUACACCUUCAAAUACUAAAGAAAGAGACCUGAUUACCAGCAUCUUCAGUGAGAAGGAGAUCAAUGAAGAAAUGGAACUGGAGAAAUAUUAUGACUUUGAAAACAUUAAGCUACCAGAAGGCUACAAGGGCCCUCAUCUGUGUUUCCCUCUGACUGCGAGUCAUGCAGCGGCCUUAGUGGAAGCAUUUAGCCAUAAGCAACACCUCCACGCUCGAUACGUCUUGCAACUUCUUCUUGAAACUUGGAAACUGUUGAAACUCAUGCCAAACAUCAACCGUGUGUCUACAUGCUACAACAAGGAGAUCACUGUCUGUGGGGAUUUACAUGGAAAACUAGAUGAUCUGCUUUUAAUAUUUUAUAAGAAUGGCCUGCCAUCUGUAGAGAAGCCCUACAUCUUCAAUGGAGACUAUGUGGACAGAGGCAAGGACUCCAUUGAGAUCCUCAUGAUCCUGUUCGCAUUCCUCCUAGUUUAUCCAAACCAGGUGCAUCUGAACAGAGGAAAUCAUGAAGACUACAUUGUCAAUCUCAGGUAUGGAUUUACAAAAGAAGUCAUGCACAAAUAUAAGGUGCAUGGAAAGAAGAUCCUAAGGUUAUUGCAGAUUGUAUUCAGUUGGCUGCCUCUUGCUACAAUCAUCGAUCAGAAGAUCCUCAUUAUUCAUGGUGGAAUCUCAAGAAGCACUGACCUUGAUGUUAUUGCCACAAUAGACAGACAUAAAGUCUGUAGCACAGUUUUAAUCCCUCAGAUUCCACUGGAGGUAUUUUGGAUACCAGUGCAUCAGACUGAUGCCAUGGAUACUAACAGUUGUAAAACUGGCUGUACAUUUCUUUUAACAACAGAAGUGAUGGAUAAAAUGAAGAGAAUAUCCGGAUCUGACAGCAGACCUCUGAAUAGCAUCUCUAAAGGAAUGCGCCUCUCUGUAGACGAGGAGCUUGAGAGGUGUCGGAAGCAAGUGGGUCUUUCUGAUGACACUAGGGUAUCCUUAUUACUGUCAGAAUCAGACACUGAGCAGUAUGAGGCCAGUGAAUUAGAAAAUGCGGAGUGGAAACAGGUUGUGGACAUUCUUUGGAGUGACCCAGUCAAUCAAGAGGGAUGCAUUCCAAACGUAGUGAGAGGGGGUGGUUGCUACUUUGGUCCAGACGUGACAAAGGAAGUCUUGGAGAAGCACAACUUUCAACUACUUAUUCGCUCACAUGAGUGCAAGCAGGAUGGCUAUGAAUUCUGCCACGACAGAAAGGUCUUAACUAUCUUUUCUGCCUCCAACUACUAUGAAGAAGGCAGCAACAGAGGCGCUUAUGUCAGGAUGGGCCCAGAUCUAAUACCUCAUUUUGUACAGUAUCAGUCCAGCAAGACUACUCGGAAGUUAACCAUGCGACAGAGAGUCAGUAGGGUGGAAAGAUCUGCCAUUAGAGAUCUGAGAGAGCAGCUUUUUGCACACAGAUGUGACCUUUUGAGAGCCUUUGAACAAUGCGACAAAACAAAAAAGGGUAAGAUCUCCUUGAACGACUGGGCAAACACUGUGGAGUCUGUCAUGCAGUUGGGUCUACCUUGGAGGAUCUUGCGCUCCCAGCUUGUGCCCAACACUACUGAUGGCCAUAUUGACUAUCAAGCUUGGUUUGAACACCUUGCCAUUGAACAGCCCAUCAAAGAGACACCACAGUCAUCAAGUCUUUUGGAAACGCUUUACAGAAAUCGUUCCAACUUGGAAACAAUCUUCCGAUUAAUUGACAGUGACAACUCGGGUCUAAUUUCUUUUGAAGAAUUCCGACAAACUUGGAAGUUGCUCAGCUCCCACCUCAACACAGAAAUCAGUGAUCAAGCGAUUUCUGAUUUGGCCCGCAGCAUUGACUUCAACAAAGAUGGAAAUAUUGACAUCAACGAAUUCAUGGAGGCAUUUCGUCUUGUUGACAGAAAUCCUAGCUAA